GCAGAUCAAAAAAGUGGCAGGCAUUCGAGCGCCACUGCCCACCCGCCGCGUGCCAGCGCCCACUUUUCGGCAGGCAGGUGUCGAAAAGCUCUCGGCACACCACGGCGCUGCCGCCACCGCCCGCGGGCCCCGGACUUUGAACGCGCCAUGUCCGGCCGCGCGCGCUUCGGCGCGGAAUCAGGAGCUAGAGCAUUAGCCGGCGGGCGCAAGCCGAGGAAGCGCGCCGGAUUAAGUGAAGAAGAAAUGGAGGAGGUCAGGGAGGCCUUCAACUUGUUUGACACCGAAGGCCGCGGCCAGAUCGACAUAAAAGAGCUGAAGGCCGCGUUCCGGGCGUUGGGCUUCCAGGUCAAGAAGGCGGAGAUCCGGCGGAUGAUGCAGGACGUCGACAAGGAGUCGUCGGCGGUCGUGCCCUUCGACGACUUCGUGGAAAUGGCGACUCCCAAAUUGCAAUCCAGAGAUACGCGCGAGGAGAUCAUGAAGGUCUUUGCGCUCUUUGACGACGACCAGACGGGGGCCAUCUCGUUCCGCAACCUGAAAAGAGUGGCCAAUGAGUUAGGGGAGAACCUCACGGACGAGGAGCUCCAGGAGAUGAUCGACGAGGCCGAUCGGGACGGCGACGGCAUGAUCAACGAGGACGAGUUCUUCCGCGUCAUGAAGAAGCGCGGCGAGAAUCCCUUGGAUGACCUCUCGUCCGACGACGACGACUUCUAAGUU